GCCUAUAUAAAGCCGCACACAACCACAGCUUGAGCACACGAACAAGCCGAGCCUCAUCCUCCGGACUGAUCUUUCCACUAAAUACAGCAAACAGCGCUUUCACCGGCACUUUAUUAAAAAAUGGGCGUAUACUUCUCUAACCUUUUCUCGCGUCUCUUUGAGAAAAAAGAGAUGAGGUUGCUUAUGGUUGGUCUGGACGCAGCAGGCAAAACAACAGUCCUCUACAAACUCAAACUUGGUGAAGUUGUCACAACUAUUCCAACUCUAGGCUUUAAUGUUGAAACAGUUGAAUAUAAUAACAUCUCAUUCACCGUUUGGGAUGUCGGCGGUCAGGACGUUAUCAGACGCCUCUGGAGACAUUACUAUCACAACACUAAGGGCCUGAUCUUUGUGGUGGACAGCAGUGAUCGUGACCGGAUUGAAACAGCAGCAGAGGAACUAAACGCGAUGCUGGCGGAGGACGAGAUGAGAGAUGCGCUUCUGUUAGUUCUUGCUAACAAGCAGGAUUUACCCAAAGCCAUGACGGUCCACGAGCUGACAGACAGACUGGGUUUACACGCACUGAGAGGAAGACAGUGGUAUGUCCAGGCGACCUGUGCGACUCAAGGGACGGGUUUAUACGAGGGAUUAGACUGGCUUUCCGAGCAGCUCUCCAAACACUAAACGGCACUUCCUGUUCAAGCAGGAUGUUUGCUGUUCUAAAGGACAUGAUUAGUGGAGUUGAUGUGGCACAGAAGCUGUUCAUGCAUCAUUUUCAGUUGAUUUCUACCAAAAACCCACCUGCUGCUGAUGUCGAUCUACGGCAGUGCAUUUUAACAUUUUGUUCCUUUUUUAAUUCGUUGCACCUUUGACCUCGACUCUUGCAGUACUUCUGGGUUCUUGUUACAGUCAGCAUAAACAUCAAGCACUGUGUUAGUAAUGAUAACUUUUUUUGUAUUUAUAAAAAUGCUCUAUUUUUGCUCCCUCAACUUGAUUUAUUCCAUUAUUUUCAUUCCAAACAUUUUCAUUCCCAGGCGUUUGCAUGCCAUACAUCCAGGGAAAUGUUCUCAGAGAAGCGUGCAUUUAAUAAAUAAAAGAUUAUUCUUAUAGUAGCACACUUAGAGACUGGCAAUGCAUUGAUGUAAGCAUUAGUUUGAAUGCUUCUAAAAUGCAUGCGUUUAUAUUGGGAAUAGUCUGAUGUCUGUGUUGUAAAUAAGCAGCCUUUUUAUGUACGUAAUCACAAUUGCCUUAAACGUGCUGUGCUUUACUAUGUGAAUGAACUCGCCCCAAACGCUUUUGAUUUAGCAUUUCAGUUGAGAACAAACCAGUGCAAAUGUUUAAGACCGUCAACUGUUUUUAUUCCCAGCUUUUGAAAAUAUUCAAAUGGAUCAGAGCAAGGAAUCAUCUGUUACCCUUUUAAAACAUUUAUUAAAUAUUAUGUAUAAAGUAU